AUGGAGUUUUUCCUAGAGAUGCUUCGCACGGCGGCUGUUGCCUUUUUGUUUUCAUUCCUUGUAGCGAAGCUCGUAUCUGUGGUUACGGCGGAGAACAGAGGAAACGAUCCGAGUUCCGAUCAGGCUGAGAACCCCGAGAUCGGUGUCGGUGAUGCGGAAGAGCUUCGUUUUGGUAUGAAACUGGAUGCUCCAGUGAUCGGUAGCGUGAGGAGUUUCCAAGUUGUUGAUGAGAAUGUGGAAGCUGUGGAUCGGUUCGGAAGCGAAGCUGAUCGAGUUGUUGAACUCCAGGAAGCGGCUAAAGGCGAAGAAUCGGCGGUUCCAACUGCGGAAGCUGAAUCCUCGCCGGAAAAUAUUAUAGUUGGUGGAGAGGACGAACGGAGAGACUCAGGGGAAGAUGUCAGUGGAGAUCAACGCGAAGAGUUGAUUGUUUUAACCACGAGAGCUGAGUCCAGUGCUUCUAUUUCGCCGGAAAACGUGGUAGCAGAGGAGAUUAUGAUUCGAGGAGCAGAAGGAACAAGUCCAAGUGUUGAAAACGAUAAUAUUGGAGAUGUCGUAGUUGCUGAAUCUGAGGAGGUUCAAGUUGAAGAGACUAAUACGGUGGAAGAGAGUGAAAGUAAGAUGGAGUUGGAUAAUGAAGAAGAGAAAGAUGAGGUGAGUAUUGAAGAAGAUGAUGAUUGGGAGGGAAUCGAGAGGAGUGAACUUGAGAGAGCCUUUGCGGCUGCUGUAAAUUUCUUGGAAGAGUCAGGGAAAGCGGAAGAAGUUGGUGGUGAGGCUAAGAUGGAGUUGUACGGCCUGCACAAGAUCGCCACUGAAGGGUCAUGCCGAGAGGCACAACCGAUGGCCCUCAUGGUCUCUGCUCGUGCAAAAUGGAAUGCUUGGCAAAAACUUGGAAACAUGAGUCAAGAGGAGGCAAUGGAGAAGUAUCUUGCACUUCUUUCAAAGGAGAUCCCUGCUUUCAUCAAUACUAGUCAUACUGUGGCGAAGAUUCCAGAAAUGGAAAACUCAGUGGUCUCACCUUCUAAUUCAGGAUCAUUAGAAGAUCAGAACACCAUAGGCACAACUGGUCGCAAAAUUGUCUCAGGGGAAAACAGUGUUUAA